CGUCGUAAGUAGUCGACUUGGACUGUGUGCUGCUUGUGAUGCUCACCCGCUGCCUGCGGCCAUGUACAUGACCUUUCCGGCUCCUGCACUGGAUGAUGGCGCCGGCGCACGCACACCAGCCGAGACGUGUGAGCCGCUCAGUCUCGCAACCGGUGGAGAGGCAGGCUGCUCACCGUCCUCGUCGGCGGACGGGAGUCGGGUCCUCGUCAACAUGGUUGCGCUCGAGCUGAUGGUGCCAAAGAUGAGUGCUAGCGCAACGUAGACUGCAAAGCUGCCGGCAUAGCCAGUGGACCAGGCGCGCCAGGCACUGCAGCUCGGCUCUACACCCCGCGCAUCAGCGAGACGAAGCUGCGAAGGCGACGCACUCGGUGCGUGCGCGCG